AUGGAACCUUUGGCUGUCCCAGGCACUCCAGAAGCAGAGGCAUUCACAGAUGCUCAGGGCUUCAUAAUCCACUAUGCUUGUGAGCCAGGCCUGUCAGCUGCUGAGUGCAGCCCAACCCACUUCGAUGAUUCUCUGGAGCUACUAGGCGGGUUUAGGGACCUGGAGUGCUGGAGUGACAACAUCGAUCACUGCAUCUCUUACCUCAACAAGGAACUGGGGGCGCUUGGUCUCCCUGCCCUGUUUAACGAUGCUGGUUCUGAAGAUGGUCUCGAGCAUGGCUUUGACCUACUGGCCUUGGUUAACGGUACUUGCAGACUGUUGAAUCUCUACCGAGGAGUGUCUGCCAAGCUGAAUGACAUGGAGGUGGAAGAUUUGCAGCGGGCCAGAGAGCUGGACUAUCUGAGGACGCGGCAGGGCAAACUCAAGAACCAGGUGGAAGCUUGUGAAAGGGAAAUUGCAGCUGUGCAGAGCAAGGAGCAGCAACUUCAAAACUGCAACAAGCGACUGAAUAGCAUGCUGAAAGAGGAAAAGGAUGAGAUCACCAAGCUGCUAAGUGCACUGGCAAGCCAGAAGACCGAGCACACCCAUGAAAUGAAGAAAAAGGAGCAGGAGCUGUUUCGAAUGAAGGAGAAAAUGAGCCAGCUGGUGACUGACAAGCGGGAUAGGAGAGGAAGCAUCGACAUCCUCAAUGUCCUCCCUCGAGCUGAUGGCAAGAGAACAACCUGGAAAACUGGAAAAUCUCUAGGCAGGAAGGAGGAAGAGCUCUACCGCAUCCAACUGGUGAAUCAGGAACAGCGGGAGCAGGGCCUGGUACUAGAGAAUAGCAAACUGAAGCAGCUGCUGAACAAAGUGAGCCAAGAUGUGGGGCAGCUGCUAUGCACUGAUAUGGGCUUUGCACAGGGCACAGAGCAAAACUGUCCCUCCGACACCUUUGAGGAGCAAUGGUGCAGGCUCAGGAGUCGCAUAAAGACCCUCAGUAGCCAAGGUGCCGCCUGUGUCUUUCACUCCCCAGCUGUGAAUGCUGUUAGUACCCAAAUGUAUGAGGGAGAUGGGCAAGACCCUGUCAUCAGUGUGACAGAUCAUGACAAGGAAAUACUGAAACUGAGGAGGGAGAUUGAGGACAGCAGAGCACUGAUCAUGCUGCAGCAGCAGUGUUUCCAGGAGCAAAUGACUGCUGCAGCCAACUCGGAGCUCCCACCGCAGCUGAAGGGCUCCUACUUCCUAGAGGAACAGCAGCAACUGCAGGAGGAGUGGGCUAUGUUCAGGGAGCAGAAGCGGGCCUUUGAAACAGAACGGGAAAACUUUACAGAGGCAGCCAUUCGGCUUGGAUGGGAGAGAAAACAGUUCGACGAACAGAAGGCCCUCUUCCUAAAACAAGAAUUCUUCUGUUCAUUGCCAGGGUUGGAUACAAGUGACCCAAAGCGGAGAUUUUCAGCCCCAGUGACUGUCAGGGAGGGGCAAGAACAUGAAGACUUGCCCAAGCUAAGGAGGUGGGCCAAACCCAUCUGUACCCCUUACCCAAAGGUUAUCAUCACUCCAUGCCACAUCCCAGCAGAGCGCUUCAGUAGAAGAUGGCUGCCUCUAGCCGCAGGCAGGCAGAAGACACUCCUUCCAAACCACUGGCCAGCUCCUCUGCAACAGCUCAGCCAGAGUAAGGAGAACCACCAAGAAACAGCUUCUCAGACAGAAAUGCCUAUGAAGGACAGUCUUCAUGGUGAACUUUCAGAUCACUUCCUGGACAACUGCUUGUAGAUUAGGAAGUCAUUGUUGUCAUAGGAAACCACA